GUUACGAAACGAAUUGUAGCUGUAAUUCUGUUCUACUUUCUCUGUUGGACGCCUCAAUGGACACUGAAUAUUAUGUCGCAGUUUAACCUCAUUCAUGUUUCAUGGAUGACGCCAGCGCUUUCUGCUAUGUUCUUUGUCGCUCACUUGUUGGUGUGCUUCAACUCAGCUGCUAAUCCUGUGUUGUAUGCAUUGAUCAACCGGGAGCUUCGACAACAGCACGUCAUGGCAAUGGCACGGAAGCGGCAAUCAUUCACUCAUGCCACUCACGGAGCUCUAGAGUUCGUCGCUCGUCACACCCACAAGUCUGCACCUGGUCAUCCCAUAAUCAUAACAAAGUAUAACAUCAGACAACAAAACGUAAUCAAAGGCCGCACGACUGCGUCAUUUCGACUUGCGUCUAGCUGCUCAAUUAAACAUUAA